AUGGAGCACACUGGAAUUGAAGAGGUCAACCAGACACACCAGCAGCACGAGCCCAUCAGCUUUGGAAUAGACCAGAUUCUGAACAGCACGGACCAGUCCAGCAGCUGCAUGCUGCCCAACCGAACCAGCGACACGGAUUACACGCUUGCCCCAAACGUUUACACCAAUGGCUAUAACAGCGUCUAUAACCCGGCCUGCUCUAUGGCGGCUGGACUCGCAGGUUCCUAUAACGUGAAUAUGAACAUGAAUGUCAGCAUGAACAUGAACGUUAACGUUAAUGGUGGGAACGCCGGUGGUGUUAUCAGGGUGCCAGCUCACAGACCCAUGCCACCGAAUCCACAUCAGCCCCCGCCUACCCAUCCACCUGGCCUCGCGGGUGGCAUCACCUCAGUGACUUCAAUGCCAAGUAUGGGAAAUGCGGCAAACUUUACCUUCCCGUGGAUGGAGAGCAGUCGAAGGUUCGCAAAGGACAGACUCACUGCAGCCCUUUCUCCCUUCUCGGUGACCCGGCGCAUCGGCCACCCCUAUCAGAACCGGACGCCACCCAAAAGAAAAAAGCCCCGCACCUCAUUCAGCCGUGUGCAGAUCUGCGAACUUGAGAAACGCUUUCACCGACAGAAGUACCUGGCAUCGGCGGAGCGCGCCACCCUGGCCAAGGCCCUGAAGAUGACAGACGCACAGGUCAAAACCUGGUUCCAGAAUAGGAGGACAAAAUGGCGGAGACAGACAGCCGAGGAGCGCGAGGCAGAGAGACAGCAGGCCAACCGUCUGAUGCUGCAGCUCCAACAGGAGGCAUUUCAGAAGACCCUGAGCCAGCCCCUGCAGCAGGACCCCUUGUGCCUGCACAACUCCUCCUUGUACGCCCUACAGAACCUACAGCCCUGGGCAGAGGACAACAAGGUGACCUCCGUCACCUCCCUGGCAUCUGUGGUCUGA